GAUACAUUGUAGCGAGGUACCGGACGUGAGGGGCGGGGCCAGGAGCGGCGCUUCCCACGGUUGCACCUGUAGCACCGGCUGCACCGGCCGCCGCUGCCGGCCCGUCCCGUCCCGUCCCGUCCCGUCCCGUCCCGCUGCUGCCGGCCCGGCCAUGCUGCCGCAGUAUGGCCCCUGCGGAGCAGGACGCGCUGGCCCUGCGGGAGCAACUCUUCCACGAGCGGGUCCGCGAGUGCAUCAUCUGCACCCUGCUCUUUGCCAGCCUCUACAUCCUCUGCCACUUCAUCAUAACCCACUUCAAGCAGCACACGGACUUCGCAGCAGAGCACGAUGAUGAGGAUGCUGCUGUCAACAGGAUCGCGCUGGGGCUCUGCACCUUCACCCUGGCUGUGGCACUGGGCGCUGUCCUCCUCCUGCCCUUCUCCAUCAUCAGCAACGAGGUGCUGCUCUCCUUCCCCCACAACUACUACAUCCAGUGGCUCAAUGGGUCCCUUGUCCAUGGCCUCUGGAACCUGGUCUUUCUCUUCUCCAAUCUGUCCCUUGUCUUCCUCAUGCCCUUUGCCUACUUCUUCACUGAGUCAGAGGGCUUUGCAGGAUCCAAGAAGGUGGGUGGUGGUGUCCCCCCUUGUCUCACCCCUGUCCCUGGCUCCCCACUAACCCUGCUCCCACAGGGCAUCAUGGCCAGGGUGUAUGAGACCUCGGUGGUGCUGCUGCUGCUGACGCUGCUGGUGCUGGGCAUGGUCUGGGUGGCCUCUGCCAUCGUGGGCAAUGACGUGGCCAGUCGCCAGUCACUCUAUGACCUCUGGGAGUACUACCUGCCCUACCUCUACUCCUGCAUCUCGCUCUUUGGGGUGCUGCUGCUGCUGUUGUGCACUCCCUUUGGCCUCUCCACCAUGUUUGCUGUCACGGGGAAGCUGCUGGUAAAACCCCGGCUCCUGGAAGACCUGGACGAGCAGUUGAGCUGCACAAGGCUGGAGGAAGCUGCUGUGUCCCGCAGGAUCUCCUCUGGCAAAGCUUCCUGCUGGCUCAACUUGAAUGUGGAGCUGCUGCGGGAGCAGCUCUUUGCCAUCCGGAGCAAGAGGCGGAAGCUGGAGCUGCGGCAGCGAGCGUCACCUUGGCAGAGGAACCUGGGCUACCCCUUGGCCAUGCUGGGCCUCCUGGCGCUGACUGGCAUCUCCGUGCUCAUCGUCUGCUUCCACGUCCUGGAGCUGCUGCUGGAUGAUGCUGCGAUGCCACGGGGCAUCCAGCAGGACGCAUCCCUGGGCCAGGUCUCCUUCUCCAUCUUCGGCUCCUUCGGAGCUGCCCUGCAGGUUGUCCUCAUCCUCUACCUGAUGGUCUCCUCUGUCGUGGGCUUCUACAACUCCCCCCUCUUCACCCGCCUGCUCCCGGAGCGGCAGGACACCCCCCUCACCAAGAUCAUCGGGAACUGCGUUUCCCUGCUGGUGCUCAGCUCGGCCUUGCCCGUCUUUUCCAGGACACUGGGCAUCACCCGAUUUGACCUCCUGGGGGACUUUGGCCGCUUCAACUGGUUGGGGAACUUCUACAUCGUGUUCCUGUACAACAUGGGCUUCGCGGUGCUCACCACCCUCUGCCUGGUCAAGAGGGUGUCCUGGGCCGUCCAGGCCGAGCUCAUCCACGCCUUCGGUCUGCACAAGCUGCCGUUGCCUGUGCCCCGCUCCCGGCGCCUCACCAAGCCCUGCUAGUGCUGGGGACAGGGAUAUGCCCCCCCCCACUGCGGUGGCCCCCAGGAUGACCCCAAUGGUGCUUCAGGGACAUUGGAGCCCCCCCGGGAGAGCUGAGGCUCCUCGGGGGAGACUUGCCCCUUUCCAGCUGUGCUACUGAGCCUUGUCCCCAUCACAGCCCCCCCGGAGCUGCGCUGGCAGCAGCCCCCCCCCGUUCACAUACCUCAUGUAAGAGCAUCAUAAAGUCAGUAUGGGGGGGCCUGUGGUUCCCACAGUCACUCCACACACCGUGUCAUGGUGGUGGUGGGGCACUGGUUGUCCCCCACUGCUAGGCCUUUGGACUCCCCAGGGGAGGAGCAGGGCUGGGGGUGAACCUGUGUGUUGAGUUUGUCGGGUCUCUGUUACCAUCGAACUUGUUUGGAGCAAUAAAGAGUCUCUUUUUAUAUAUGGAAAUAUC